CCUUUCUCUCCUAGUUCCUUCUCAUAUUCUGUGUUUUAUAUUUAUUAUUCUAUAUUUGUUCUAUAUUUAUAAAAAUAGUAUAUUUAUUUUGCAGGAAAAAAAUAACAUAAGUUUAUUCAAACUCAUGCCAAAAUGCAAGCCAAAUCAAUUAGAGGGAGAGAGCAAGAAGAAUAGAAAAAGAAAUGCUGGGUUGGAUUAUUCACAUUUGAAAUGCUGGGUUGGAUUCGGGCCAGCAAUAAAUAAACCACGGUUCAAAUAUUCUUAAGCCCAGACCAGCCCAAAAUGAAGAGAGACUGAUACCAGACUUCUCACUGAGCAUUCUAGAGAGAGAAAGAAGAGAGAUGAAAUUCACAGAAUCACCGGUGAUCGAGCUCCGGGUGGGCAGUUCACUCCUCUCGAUCCAACAAGACAAUGGCUCGAUGCACGUGGGGACCACCGUCUGGCCCUGCUCUCUCGUCCUCGUCAAGUUCGCCGAGCGCUGGCACCCUCUAACGUGCGCCGCCCCCUCCCCCAACCCCAACCCCUACGCCUCCCUCCUCGACUUCCGCAACAAGCGCGCCAUCGAGCUCGGCGCCGGCUGCGGAGCUGCCGCCAUGGGCCUCCACCUCCUCGGCCUCAACGACGUCGUCCUCACCGACAUCGCCCCGGUGAUGCCGGCCCUCAAACGCAACCUCAAGCGCAACAAGCCAGUCCUCGGCAAAGCCCUAAAGACGGCCCAACUCUACUGGACCAACCCCGACCACAUCAAAGCCCUUGGUCCACCCUUCGACCUCGUCAUCGCCACCGACGUCGUUUACAUAGAGGAAACUGUGGGCCCACUGAUCUCGGCCAUGGAGGCACUGGUUAGGGACACUGGCGUUGUGUUGCUAGGGUACCAAUUGAGGUCGCCGGAGGCUCACGGGCUGUUUUGGGAGCUCGUCGGACGGGUUUUCGACGCAGAGAAGGUCCCGCACGAGCACUUGCAUCCAGAGUAUGCGUACGAAGAGGCCGAUGUGUUUUUGCUGCGAAAGAAGCUGUAGGAGACAAUUGAUGGAUUGUUCCAGGGAAACUAUGUGGAUCCAAAGAGAAGCUCACCUGCACCAAAGUGCCGUAAGAAUCUUCUGAUUUGAGACUAAGAAUUUUGUUGUAUUAUUAUUGGUAAAUUGCAGUAUUGUGUGGUCCGAAUUUAGUACUGAUGAAAUGCCUUACAAAAGUGGCAGAGAGUAAUAGUUUGAUAGUAUAUGUGUGUGAAAUUUUAAUAUUUA